AUGACUUACUCCAUGGCAGACGUCAAGACGAGUGUGACUUCCAAACAACUGUUUCGACCACUUGACGCCACUUUAACAAAAAGCGGGCAGGAGACCCUUAGAAGAGACAUGCUUCGAUUGAAGACAACACAACAACAAACAUUUGGCAAAGUGCCUUAUGGAGCUGUAGUCAGCUUGAGCAUCAUCGGAACCGCGUUUGGAAUUCUACUUCUGCUGUGGAUAUUUAAGCGAUGUUGCUCCAAAAAAGGUCGAUCGAAGAGAGACAGUAAGAAGCUUUCUAUGGCCGGUGGAAAACUCGGAGCUGAUUUGAAAACGGCUGCAAUUUUGAAACAGGGAACACAGAACAAAGAUUUAAUUGCUCUCAAAGCGGAUGUGGAAGAGAACGAGGCUGAGCAAUCGGGAGAGAAAGAGAAGGUGUGUGCUGGAAAGUUGCAUUUCACUUUGGAUUACGAUUUCCAGAAGGCAGAACUGACGGUGGGUGUACUGGAGGCCGUGGAACUACCGGCUAUGGACAUGUGUGGCACUUCAGAUCCGUACGUCAAACUGUAUCUGCUACCGGAUAAAAAGCGUAAAUUUGAAACAAAGGUACACCGCAAGAACCUCAAUCCGGUUUUCAACGAGACUUUUGUAUUCAAAGUCCCAUACGCGGAGGUUGCAGCGAAGACUUUGGUCCUUAUGGUUUACGAUUUCGAUCGGUUUUCGAAACACGAUCAAAUUGGACUAAUCAAAGUACCAUUGGGUUCCAUCGAUCUAUGCAAUGUUCUGGAAGAGUGGAGAGAUCUGAGUCCACCUGAAAGUGAGGCAGACAAGGAUAAUCGUUUGGGCGACAUUUGUUUCUCAUUGCGAUAUGUCCCAACUUCUGGACGGCUAAACGUAAACAUUUUGGAAGCCAAGGGAUUGAAAAAAAUGGACGUCGGAGGUCUCUCGGAUCCAUACGUGAAGAUUUCGCUAAUGGCCGGGGGAAAACGGAUCAAAAAGAAGAAAACGACCAUUAAGAAGUACACGUUAAAUCCAUACUACAAUGAAUCAUUUACCUUCGAUGUACCGUUUGAUCAGAUACAGAAAGUUCACCUAAUAGUGACGGUGGUGGAUUACGAUCGAAUUGGGACCUCUGAACCCAUCGGGCGGGUGGUUUUGGGUUGCAAUGCGACCGGAGCAGCACUGCGUCAUUGGUCCGACAUGCUUGCAAACCCGAGGAGACCGAUCGCUCAGUGGCACACACUGCAAGAAAUGCCAGAAAAAACCUGAGUAUAUCGGAGCCAACGCAACCGGCCUCGGGCAAUACGCAUUGGUCUUCAUACCAAUUCCUUGAGUUCUUUCACAUUCCGCUCCUGAUCACGUCAAAAUCUAAACGGCUUGGCCUCGCUUCUAACGGCGAAUAGUUUUCCUCCGCUUUCACAGAUCAUCCUUUUGCUUGACUAUUC